CGUGUGAGGCAGCGCCAUAGUCACCGUAGCCCUGGCGACUGUAACCCACCAACAACAACAACCUCUCGCUCCAUCAUUACCACCUCCACCAUCCUCAUCCUCAUCAACCAGUCCUGUGCCCAGGCGCCAUGCAGACCCCAGAGGCAGGCACUGACUCUGCCUCCACUGUCUCUCUCCAGACCACCGUGCCUGUCCAGUCUGCAGGCUCCACCCAGCAGGGCCAGAGCGUUCAGCAGGUGCAGCAUGUCUACGCCGCCCAGGUCCAGUACGUGGAGGAGGACAGCGGCGUCUACACCAACGGCAACAUACGGAGCUACUCGUACUCUGAGCCGCAGCUCUACAGCCAGAACAGCGGGGGGAGCUACUUCGACACGCAGGGCAGCUCGGCGCAGGUGUCCACCGUGGUCACGUCGCAUGGCAUGACCAACAACGGCGGCGGGGGCGGGGGCGGCGGGCUGAGCAUGGGCCUGGCGGGGGGGCAGGUGAUCAGCAGCUCCGGGGCCUACCUCAUGGACAACAGCGCCCCCCAUGCAGCCGUCCAGACCACCCGGGCUUCUCCUGCUACUGUGAGCAUUGAAAUGGCGAUUGAGACGCUUCAAAAGAGUGAGGGUUUAUCCAGUCAGAGAAGCUCGCUGCUCAACAGCCAUCUCCAGUGGCUACUGGACAACUAUGAGACAGCAGAGGGUGUGAGCCUGCCUCGCUCCACCCUGUACAACCACUACCUGCGUCACUGCCAGGAGCAGAAGCUGGACCCGGUCAACGCCGCCUCCUUCGGGAAGCUCAUCCGCUCUAUCUUCAUGGGGCUGAGGACACGCCGUCUGGGCACGCGAGGGAACUCCAAGUACCACUACUACGGGAUCAGGGUGAAGCCAGACUCUCCUCUCAACAGGCUGCAGGAGGACAUGCAGUACAUGGCUCUCAGACAGCAGCCGGUCCAGCAGAAGCAGAGGUUCAAGCCGGUGGCGAAGGUGGACAGUGGUUCUGGAGAGACCUACUCAGGGGCCGCCCAGCACACCCCCAGCGCCGCAGAACAGACCGUCAUCGCCCAGAGCCAGCAACACCAGCAGUUCCUGGAUGCGUCCAGAGCUCUGCCUGACUUCAUGGAGCUGGACCUGGGAGACGGCAGCCUGAAUGGCAUCAGCUCCGACGACAUCAAAGCUCUCCAGACGCUCUACAGAGAGCACUGUGAGGCCAUCCUGGAUGUGGUGGUGAACCUCCAGUUCAGCCUCAUAGAGAAGCUGUGGCAGACGUUCUGGCGCUACACCCCCUCCGACCCUGUAGAGGGCGCCACCAUCACAGAGAACAGUGGGGUGAGUGAGAUGGAGAGUCGCCUGCUGCUCCGGCUGCUGGUGCUCUGCCGGAGUGAGGCUGUGCUCAGGUGGAUGAGCACCUGUGACCACCAGAUGUACCAGGCCCUGGUGGAGAUCCUCAUCCCUGACGUCCUCAGACCUAUCCCCAGUGCCUUGACUCAAGCCAUCCGCAACUUUGCCAAAAGCCUGGAGGGCUGGCUGAACACUGCCAUGAACGCCGUUCCACAGAGAAUGAUCCAGACCAAGGUGGAGAUAUGCAAUGCCUUCGCCCAGACGCUGCGCAGGUACACGUCUCUGAACCACCUGGCCCAGGCGGCUCGGGCUGUCCUCCAGAACACCUCCCAGAUCAACCAGAUGCUCAGUGACCUGAACCGUGUCGACUUCGCCAAUGUCCAGGAGCAGGCCUCCUGGGUGUGCCAGUGCGAGGAGGGCGUGGUGCAGAGGCUAGCAGGACUUCAGGCCACGCUGCAGCAGCAGAGCUCCCUGGAGCAGUGGGCCUCCUGGUUGGACAGCGUGGUCAGCCAGGUCCUGCAGCCCUACGAGCACCGGCCCAGCUUCCCCAGGGCCGCCCGGCAGUUCCUGCUCAAGUGGUCCUUCUACAGCUCCAUGGUGAUCAGGGACCUGACCCUGCGCAGCGCGGCCAGCUUCGGCUCCUUCCACCUGAUCCGCCUGCUCUACGACGAGUACAUGUUCUACCUGGUGGAGCACCGCGUCGCCCAGGCAACCGGGGAGACGCCCAUCGGAGUCAUGGGAGAGUUUGACAGCCUUAACACCCUAUCCCCUGCCAACAUGGACAAAGACGAGGUCAGCGAGAUGGACAGCGACCUGGACGAGGACAUGGACGAGACCGGGGAGCCCCUGGCCAAGAGGGAGAAGGCUGAGCACGAGGGGAUCCAGGUGAUCCAGGUGGGGGCUCUGGAGGACAGCUCCAGCCCCGUGGUGGGGGUGGUCCAGCCAGGCAUCCUGCACUCACUGCCCCAGCCCCCCCAGGACCACGCAGAGCACAUCCUCACCCCCUCGGCCGGCACGCCCACCAUUCGCCACUGCAGCGCCACGGGCAACACCUACGCCUCUGUCUGACCCAGCUACAGCCUGGAGAUCUGUCUCUGUCUGUCUGACCCAGCUACAGCCUGGAGAUCUGUCUCUCUCUGUCUGUCUGUCUGUCUGACCCAGCUACAGCCUGGAGAUCUGUCUCUCUCUCUCUGUCUGUCUGUCUGUCUGACCCAGCUACAGCCUGGAGAUCUGUCUCUCUCUGUCUGUCUGUCUGUCUGUCUGACCCAGCUAC